UCCAUCGGACGCUUUUUGAUUCCCCAUUCCCCUUCCAUUUAUACCUAUAUGUUGAAUGUGCUAAGGUCCUGGCCGGCCUAAAAAUUUUAUAAGAAAGGAAGAGGAUAUCAACGAUGCCGGUCGAUCAAAAACGUAUUAAUGGGCCAGACGCGUCUACAUCAUAUGAUAUUUAUAUACACUCCGAAGUGAAAGACAAUGGAACACAACCUAAUGCCCCGAAAAGGCACGACAAUCGCUCAAAUAACGAACUUAGAAAUAUAUUUUUGAAAACAGGCAUAAUUAGUCAGGCAAAAGGUUCUGCAUACAUAGAGAUGGGCGACACCAAAGUUAUCUGCUCGGUAUUUGAUCCUAGAGAGAUACCGAACAAAACUGGCUAUUGCGUGCAAGGGGAACUGUUUUGCGAAUUCAAAUUUGCACCCUUCUCUCAUCGUAAACGGAAAUUGCAUCAGCAAAACGCGGAGGAAAAGGAAUAUAGCUUGAUAUUGCAAAGAGCUUUGGAACCAGCAGUAUGUCUGCAAGAGUUUCCUAAUUUUCAAGUCGACGUCUAUGCGACAGUCCUCGACAAUGGGGGAUCUGCGCUGGCUGCGGCAAUAAUCGCAGCUAGUUUAGCUUUGGCAAAUGCUGGAGUACCGAUGUUUGGUUUAGUCACUGCAUCCACUAUUGUAAGUAAACAACUGUGAGAAGUUUACCCAAAC